AGCUCAGGAUCUCAGGAGGGGAACAUGUGAGCAGGGAAUGGGUGACUGGAAACAGGAUUAUUGCUCUACACAGCAGAGAGACGCAGGAGGGACCCGGGACAGAAGAGACACUGGGACACUGUGACAACUCCGUGGAUUUCCUUCCCUCCUUCUGAUAUUUUACGCGUCAGAGAAAAACGGUGGAUUGUCUGACCAAAGAUGAACACCAUCGUCUUUAACAAGUUGAGCAGCCAGGUUCUGUUUGAGGAGAAAGCGAAGGAGGUGGAAAUGAGCAGCAGAAAUUAUCUAGAAGUGAUCGACGGACAGCAUCCAGACCUCCUCUCCAGCAACCAGACCAUCAGAGACAACCAGGCGAUCAGACACCGGCGGAGCGGGGGUCGUCCCAGUGGCGGUAAAGUCCGACACAAACGUCAGGCCCUGCAGGACAUGGCGCGGCCGCUCAAGCAGUGGCUCUACAAGCACAGGGACAAUCCCUACCCCACCAAGACAGAGAAAAUUCUCCUGGCACUCGGCUCCCAAAUGACGCUGGUUCAGGUGUCCAACUGGUUCGCCAAUGCCAGGAGGCGACUGAAGAACACAGUGAGGCAGCCAGACCUGAGCUGGGCGCUCAGGAUCAAGCUGUACAACAAAUAUGUUCAGGGGAAUGCAGAGAGGCUGAGCGUGAGCAGUGAUGACAGCUGCUCAGAAGAUGGGGACAACCCUCAGAGGACACAGAGCAGCCCCGAGGAGCUCAACAAGCCCAUGUACCAGAGUGUGAUCAAGAAGGAGGGCUCCUCCAUGGUGGGGAUGGCCAUGGGCAUGGGCAUGAGCAUGGGUAUGGGCGCGGGACUGCGUUCGGCCGCCGAAGCCGCCUCACUGGCGGAGGACUGCGUGUCUCCACCCAAGUACAAGAGCAGCCUGCUGCACCGUUACCUGAACGACUCGCUGCGCCACGUAAUGGUGGCCAACGCCGUCAUGGACGCUCGAAAGAGGAACCACUCCGGCUCCUUCAGCUCCAACGAGUAUGACGAUGAGCUGCUCUCGCCGUCCUCCUCUGAGGCUGAGGCGAACUUUGUUUAUCGGGCUGAAACCACAGAGCAUGGAUCAAGUAAAUGUGACAGCAGCAGCGGUGGCCCCAGAGCCACGCAGAAAGAAAAGGCGAAAGGCAAAGACGAGACAUACUGGAAGGAGAUCAACGCCGCCAUGGCCUUGACCAACCUGGCACAGGGGAAGGACAGUGCCUCCGGGACCACCAGCUGCAUUAUCCAGAAGUCCUCUCAUAUAGCAGAGAUCAAGACUGUCAAAGUGCCGCUGGUGCAGAAAUAUUAGCCUGGACGUCAUCCUCCCGUCCCCUCUAUGCAAACCAGCAAACAUUCCUGUUUCAGCAAACUCACCAGAGUCCAAAUAAACUCCCCCCUCCCCACCCCAAAAUGAAAAGAACUGUUGUUUAGGGAGGGUGGUCGUGGGGUGGGGGUAUUUGAAGUCAGGAAGUGUGAGGCAGAAAAAGAACUUUCAUUCUUUUUGGUUGUUAUUGAUGUCUGAAAAAAAAAAAAGGUCCAUAAGAGGCCUUGAUUAUCCUUCUCUUUUGCGAGUACUAGUUUUAGCAGCAGUAUUUCCUAAAAAAAAGACAAAAAAGAAAGAAAGAAAGAAAAAAACUUUUGUAAUGUUAACUUAUUUUUUUUCAUGUUUUAUUUUUUAUUUCUUCUUUUUUUUAACGCUACAAAUUGAGUCUUUUUGCCAAAGUGCCUUUGUUGUUUAGACGAAUAACUCACUGACUGUGGUCGAUGGGGAGCACAGAUAGUGACGUGCCUCUGGAACACUUUUUUAGGGUUCCAGUCAUGAUUCAUGAUUCAGGAUUCAAUUUGUGAAUGAAAAUUCCCAGCAACAGCAUGUGCCUUAAGGGCUGAGUGAGCUCAGCAAUCCGAGGCGCCGACGAACUCAAGUGGCACACACUUGCACGGGUGCGCACCGGGCUUGUGAAAAUGCCUGGUGUGAAUCCUCUGAAGGCAUUGUUCUUGUUUUGACUGGAGUCUUCAUUUUGACUGUAAACUGAACUCUGUCCCAGUCCCACCCACAUCGAUGGCGGGCCAACAGCAACUGCUGGCUACGCAGAUAAGCAGCCAGCUCUCUCCUCCUUGUCCACAUCUCGGCCUUGGAUUUCAUUAACCAGCGAAGGAUUCCUUUCUUAUCAUGGCUUUUUACUUGCUCAAAUGUGCACAUGAUGCUCAGCUGGACCCAAAUGAAGACGCAGUGACAAAGAUAUACGCAUUUGAGGCGUGUUUUAAGGCUCAGUGGAGGAAUGCCAUGACCUAAAAGGGAUGUUUUUGCUUUGCGUUAUCAGUGUUUUAUACGGACACUGUUGCCUUUUCACGUCUGCGCUCAGAACAAGAUGGUCUGGUAUGAGAAAAAAAAAAAGCCACCGCCACGAGCACCCCCAGCCUUUUGAUCCUCAGCCCUCUCAGCUGUUUAGCAUUACAUUCUAAUUGCUGUUUAGGAGGAGCCAGAGGAUAGGCUUAAAAGUUUGACUUUCUUCCCCUUCGCUCCGUUUUUUUUACCCCUGACUUCCAAAAUACAUUUCAGUAUUAUCUUUUCGUUGGCCAAGCAAGUAUUUGUUAUUGUCCGUCUCUGUGUGUGUGUGUGUGUGUGUGUGUGUGUGUGUGUGUGUGUGUGUGUGUGUGUGUGUGUGUGUGUGUGUGUGUGUGUGUGUGUCUGACUGUUUUGUUCUUGAUCAAAACUCGGUUUCUCUUAUGCAUCAAGCGCUUCUUCUGUCAUCCAAUGGAAAGAAUCUAGAAUGUACUAAUGUACGGUGCAUAUGUUAGAAACGUUUGUGGGGACCGAUGCCAACUUCACAAACAGGGGGAAUGAAAUUGAAGUCAAGGGGAGAAGUUGAAGUUGGCUCUCUGUGCUGACUUUUUAAUUUUAUGUAUAUCUUCAAGGUACUGUUUAUAUGUGUCAAAAUGUACACUCCUUUCAGAAAUUGUGCAGUUUUCCUUCUUUUUUUUGACAAACCCAGACUGUGCAUCUGGUCAAGGACUUUGAGAGGGAGUGAAGCUGCACAAAGUAACUUUUUGACCUUUUUAUGUGUCUUGAAUGUGCAAACUGUUUAAAAAAAGCUGCACUUACAGUUUUCAGUGGAGGUGUUUUUACAUAAAAAUGAAUGGAAGUAAAGAGAAAUGAAGGACAACUCUAUGUUAUUCCUGUUAGUGUGCCUAUGGAAGUAUUAUGGAAUGAAUCGCACUAGCCACUCCCCAGGCACUAUUUGCUUAUGCAGGUGGGGGGCCUCCCACAUGUGUUUUUUAUACACCUGAUCCAGGCAGGGUGGCUGCGGGGUACCGUCGGACCCGCUCCUUGUGUUUCUAAUCGCACUUCUGAACCUCUGGGCCGCUCGUGACCCUCACACCUCACACAAUACCCGCUUUCUGGGAAGAGGCAGAGCAAAAGGACGGAGGCUUCAGAGACAACAAAGAUGCCUUUGUUGUUCCUACCUGCCACCCCCACGCCCCCCCCAAAAAGAAAACCCUACAAGUAUAAACAAAGCCAAAAGUUUUGGUACUGUAUAUGUCUUUCUCCAGCACAAACCAUGCUUUCACAACCAUGCUGACGAAUGGAAAGCAAACGUAUAUUAAAGCUUAUAAAUUAUUAUUUCAGACUUUGUCGAAACAAAGAAAGUGGUGACCAUAGUUUGGUUCUUUUAUUGUUAAGUUAUAUAAAUUGAAAUGUUAUGUUUAUUUGUUUGUUUGUUUUGAUAGAGACUGGAUUUUCAAUCCGAUGACCAAACACAUAUCUCCUCGUCUUGUCCGAUUUGCUCUCAUGUAAAAUAUCUUUUAUAAAAACAGUUGUUACUUGAUGAAAGCAAUGAAUA